AUGAGCGAUUCAAAGAAAAAGGCCGCCGCCGUCAAAGUGGUGCCGCCAAAAAACGAUUGCCCGGCUUUCAGGCGGCGUCUUGUUGAGGAGUACCAUCGGUCGGUAGUUGAGUCCGGCCGGGAACCCCCGGCGUAUCACACCUUCUCCGACCGCUACGGUGGAACGUGUGGUGUACCUUUCGCCACACGUCGUGAAGCCACCAUUAAAGGUGCCUCGUCGUCGGCGUGGAAUUUUGCAGUUUCCGUCCAAUGGUGUAUUGACCGUGCUGAUGCACUGGAGAAUGAGGGUAAACUCACCGAAGCGAACAAUUACCUGCAGAUUGCUUUAGAGCAGUUGCAGCGGGGUGGAAACCAUCCAGUGGGUGACACUCAAAGCGGAGCAAUUGUACCCGAAGGCAUGGCGGAGCAGAACCACAGUUGUGUUGCGGGGAUUCUCUCUCGCUUAGGGAAGGUAGCGAUGCGGCAGAGCGACUACCAGAAGGCCCUCAAUUUCUUUCUACUAAGCAGCCGUUUAGAUCCUCUCACAUCGGCCACAUAUGCCUUGCGAGCCUCCUGUCAAGAACAUCUAGGAAAUUACAACGACGCGUACAACGAGUACAAAAAGUACCUUUUCAUUAACGAGCCCAGCAUGGCCAUGCUGGCUCACACCGGUCAAUGUGCUCUGAAGGCAGGUCAUUAUGAGGGUGCCGAACACCACUUGCGUGAGUUGUUGCGGUUUGCAAAGGAGUCAAACUCUACCAUACUUUCCCCUUCAUCGAAGAGUCCAAAAUUCUUUGAUUCACCAAGUUUUUAUGAGUCUCAUGCGUAUUAUUGUUUGGGUCUUGUGAGGGACCGGCAGGCAGAGGAGUCACUUUCACAAGCUUCGGCCGAAUCUUCCCCUGAAAAAGUGCACGUGUGUUGUAGCGUAGCAGACGAGCGGAUGAGGCAGGCGCGCGAGUUCUACAAACUGGCUGCCUCAAAUGUAGAAUACGUAAAUGCCUUCGAGGAGGCCGCCGAAGGUGCCAUUGCAGCAGGUGAUGUGCCGCUGGCUCUUGAGAACCUUCGCAAUCUUCAGCAUCUGCGCAGCAACUGCGCAAGGUAUCACUUUCGUGCAGCCGAUGUGUGUGCUAUGAUGAAUGAUACGCAGUCGGAGUUGGAGGAACUUUCUAAAGCCCUCGAUCGCCGGCAGACGGCGCUGGAGCGGCAACAAACGCUUUUGCGCCGUGCUUCUGUGUACGCAUCGAAGCUGGAGAAUUUCAAUAAUGCGAUUGUAGACUUAUCACUUCUGUUAAGUAUGCAUGGGGAACAUUAUUGCAGAGCUAUGGCGUACCUGCAACGAGCCAACGCGUUCUACCAGCGCAGUGAAAGGUAUCCAUCAAAUUCACACGAGGAUCGUGCAGCGGCGCUGCGUGAUUACGAAAAGUUUGUAGAGGUAUCUCUUUCCUCUCCUCAGGGACCAUCGAUUCCGCCUGAGAGCAUUACGGAAGCGAUGUUGAUCUUGGCCGAUGGUGCAUUUGAGGAGAGGAAGUUUGACGUUGCGGCCAAUUUCUUUUCACGUGCUGUUGUUCGUGGUUGGAAACCCCGUGAACCUCUUCCAAAAAGCUCAAAACGAAGGAAGAGAACCACCUCCUCAGCCGUGGUGUCGUUUGCAGCGGCCACAGAGACGGAUCUGCUGACGAAAAUGACCAUCUCCAUCGCACAUGUCGUAAUUUCCAAACACCCAGUGAAUGAAGAGAUGUUCAAGGUGUCGUAUGAAGCACGAGAAAAACCAGUGGCCCCCGUGGCGGCAGAACCCAAGAAGGCAAAAACUACCGAUAAGAAAGAGGCCGAGAAGCCGUUGGUUGCCGUUCCGGCUGUCGGUUAUCAAAUGGUGGAAUCACAUUUCCAGGGGCUGCGUGCGCUUGAGCCAACCGUCUUCUCUUCUCUCCAAUACGAAUUCAUGGAACUCUGGGAGCCGUACAGGACCGAUGUGGAACGGCUGCGGGAGGACCUCAUGUUGACAAGAAGCGGAAAGAAGGUUAAACGGAGAUAA